AUCAUCCUUGUCGUCGUUAUUCCCACUGGGCUCAACUGGUUGAAGCAGCUUUUCUCGGCUUCUGUCCUCGUUUUUUUAAACCUGAAGAGCUGCAGGAAGUUUCAGAGGGCUGAGGAAGAAAUGGCAGAUAGUCCAGAUCACAAGACCAGCGCCCUGCUCAGAGCCUCCCAUCUGCCUCUGGUCCGCUCCGUGUUCCGGUCCGUGUCUUCCCUCCUCUCCGGGGUCAAAGAGCGCUACCCCCUGCUGGGCCUGGUGGGGGGCGUGGCAGAGGUCGGAGUUCGCGGCGUGUCUGAGGAAGCCCUGAGACGGGCCACGCCCCUCCUCCAGAGUCUGGAGCCCCAAAUCGACCUCGCCAACAGGUUGGCUCUGACUGGUCUGGACAGUCUGGAGAGGACGUUUCCCAUCCUGAACCAGUCCACAGAGGAGGUGAUGACUCACUUGAAGGACGCCUUCUUUUUGACUCUGGAUGAUGUCCAGGUGUGGGUGGUGGACGGCCUGGACGGAGCUCUGGACCAGCUGGAGCGAGCCGCUGACUCGGUCCGGACGGCCGGGCGGCAGCUGCAGGAAACGCAGGUGGGCCAGGCGGCGGCGGCGGGGCUGGACAACGUCCUGAGUCUCCUGGAGGACUCCGCCGCCUACUACUUACCCCUCCCUCCUACCCUGCGCCGGGAGUGGGAGAUGAAGGUCCAGCAGUACGAGGAUGAGGAUGACGGAGACGAGCCGGGCCUCUGGACCAGAGUCCGCAGCCUGCUGCUGAUCCUCAGCCUGCAGCUCUACCACCGCCUGCUGAAGGCCAGGGAGCAGCUGCAGGGAGCCGCCCGGACACUGGGGGGCGCCGCCGAGCAGGUGGGUCUGACUCGGGUCCUGGAGUUAACAGGUGAGAUGCUGCAGUUCUUCCAGAGCCUGCUGGUGGCGCUGUUGUUCCGCGCAGAGAGUCUGAAAGAGGCCACACUGAGGGAGCUGGUGAAGCGAGCGGCCAUGUUGGCCGAGCUGAGCCCAGUUCGACGGGUCCGAGAACUGCCGGUUCAGAUCCAGCAGCUGCUCCACGACCUGCAGCAGCUCUCCAAGAUCCUGCUGCAGUUCGUGAUCAACAUCACGCCGCUCUACAGCAUGCUGGAGCAGCCGUCGCCUCAGCAGGUGGAGGAUUUCCUGAACAAGGAGGAUUUCUCAGACAGCUCAUCGCGCCGUAGCUCAGCUAACAGCCUCUUCCUCAAGGCAAUGGACGGCCGCCCUCGCCGCCGUCGCAGCAUCUACUCGCGCGCCACCCGGGCUGCUGGUGGCCCCCAAAGUCCCGACCCGCCCAACGGGCGGCGCUCGAGCACCAAGGAGCCUUCCACCCCGGAGAUGGACGGGGCGGCCCACCCUUCCGAAGGCAACGCCCUCCGACGACCGUCCGCCACCGAGCUGCUGCUCACGCCGCUCAAACAGUUCGUGGCCCAGAGCCAGAAGGCCUUGGAGUACCUGAGCCCGGACUCCAGCGACGGCGCCGCCAUCGUCACGGAAACAGACGACUCUUAAACACCCACCGCCCGCGGUUCGAGGCGCCGAGUCCGCCUCCCGAUGCGCCACGGCGCCCCACCGCCUCCCCCGACGACCACACGUCUCUGCCUCGGCUGGUGCUGGUUUGCGCUUUCGCGCUGAACCGCAGAGGCGUCACCAAAUUAGCGCUCAGUCACUGACGCUGCAAUUCUGCUUCACACAAACCCGUUCCGAGAGAAACCCCGGAAAUAUCCGAUCACAGCUCUUUUCUCUGCACAGUGGAUGUAGAAACCAACACAGUCCUGUUGAAGCUCCAGGUUCUUUAUGAUGUAGAAAUAUUAUCAACGCCAUUUUCUUAAUCUUGCGACUUCAUCUCUCUAGCCUGACGCCUGAAGGCCUGGAUUCAAACUGACUGUCCACGUAGAAGAAGAGUAACCCCAGAUCAUGAUGCUGCCACCACCGUGUUUUUACUUGUGGUUGGUUUCAUCAGGUACUCGGCCAAAAUGUGGGAGAUUUCAUGUUUAGAUGUUUUCUAUAGCAGAAAUGUUUUUUCCGUCAUGCAUUUCAUAUUUCAUCUUCCCUAAGGGAUUUUUUAUUUUUUGCCCUUUUCUCUUUCUGAAUUUUCUCAUUUCUGAACUUUAGGGAUUUUUUUCAUCACCUACUUUAGUUUAAUCUAAGAAUUUUUUGUCAGAAUUUUGACUUUAAUCUGGAAUUCUGAUUUUAGGGAAUUUCUUUCUCACAACUCAGAAUUUUUACCUUUUUCUCAGAAUUCAGUCACAUAAAACAAUUAUUUAAAUCUGACAUGUUCCUACAGGAAGUAAAUUCUCCUCCUGCUUUACUUGCUUCUGAUUGAAUCUGGUUGCUGCCUUAACUCAACAUUCUGAGUAAAAAGUCAAAUUUAGUUUUGUAUUUUAUUGGCCCUAAUCCUCUUCCGUAGUUUCUAUCCAGGUGUUGAUGAGUCAAACAUAAAACUGUGAAUUUCUGUGCAACUUUCUCUGGACUGUUUUCUUUAAGAUAUGAUAUAUUUUGUGACAUUUCUGCAAACUGGUUCUAGCUAAAAUACGCAAAUAUCAGAAAAAUUCAACUAGAAGAGCUUAGAUUAUUAUUCACUAUAACUGAUAUUAGUUCUGAACCCAAGAAGACUGAAUGCCAAAGCUCAUAAAACCUGGAUUUUCAACAGGACUGUGUACUUUCUCAAUCGCUGUAGUAAUCCCGUUUUACUCUACUAUAUUUAUCUGGAUCAUGGAAUCAGAGUAUUAGAAGUGGGCCGAGUACACAGCCUGGUGGGACGCCUCCUAAAUCUCAAAACUAGAUCCAAAGAUUAGCUUUAGUCAUCAAUCUUGGUUGUUUUUCAAAAGAAGCAGAAUUUAAGCCAAUCCUCUGAUCUCUGGGAUUCAUUGUGUCUGAAUUUUAAUAUGAAUUUAUCAGUAUUUAUUUCAGUAUGCUUUACAUUAACGCUAACCGGUGGUGGGCACCACUAACUGAAAAGUUAGUCUGCUAACGGUAAAGCACUUCAGAAACACUGUAUCAAGCUAAAUCUAAUGCUAAAGCACUAACUUCAAUUCAAAUGAUAAAUGCCUUACAUACUAUGUGCCUUUAAAUAUUUAUGUUUGGAUCUCGUUCAUUUUAUUUUACUCCUGUAUGUUUGUUUAUAAUAAAGUUACUGGGGGAAAAAGACAGAACAGGAGGAUGUGAAACAGAACUGCUGUGUAAACAGACUUCAAAAUAAAAGCAUGAACAUCA